UUUUUCUAUGGAACAAUCGACUACAAAUGAAUCAGUUACAAUCAGAUUUUAUUUUCCACCGUUUUGCUCCGCGACUAGAUUUUUUGUGAAAAGAUCACCGAUCUAUCAAUAAUUAUUAAUAACGGUACAAAAAGUUCUAAAAGUAAUAGGAUAUUGAACCACCUACCAACGGCAUCAAGAGUUUCUUUCUUUCUUUGUCAAUCAUGCCCUUUUCUUUUAGGCUUUUUUGUGUGGUCUGUGAGUGUAUUAUCAUAGCUCGCACAGAACACAAGAAAGACAUACAAAAGGAAGUUUUAUUAUGCAUCACAAGGUCCAAGGAAAAGUCACCCAACGAAGUUUUGUACCGUGGGGCCAAUCCAGCCACGUCGUCGAUCGUUUAACUUCAUUUCCUCUCGUUUGAAUUUUGUAGUCUAGGAAAAAGAAAAAGAACACUAGUAUUUUCUUGGUUCCAAAUAUAAGAAGUUUUCAUUUUGUGCUAAGCCAUUUUUUAUUUGAUUAAUUUUAUAGAAAAGUCUAUUAAAAUUUAUUAACAUAUAUUCUGUCUGUUCCUUAAAUUAGGGCAUAUAUAAUCUUUGACCGAGCCUUUAACCAAGAUUUAGUCCAUUAACAUAUAUUUUUUGUGAAACAAAAUUGAUUUCAUUGGAUUCGUAUUCAGAAGUACUUGUUUAUGAUUAUGAUUUAUAUCGCAUAAGUCGCACGUUGAUGGAUUAAUUUUUGGUCAAACGUUCGGUCAAAGGAAACAAUAUAGGGCUUAAUUUGAGGAACAGAGGGAGUACCAUACCAUAUAAUUUUUUAUAGAUUUUUGUAGACUUUCUAUAAAUUUAAUCUAAUUUGAAUAAGUUUGAUUUGCCAUAAAGGCAGAACUUUGUUUAGAAACGAAGGUUAUGCGGUGCCUGCGAGAAAGAAAGAAAAAAGAACGAAGGACAAGGUCGGCAGCUGCCUUCCACGUCUCGACAGCGGCGUCUACGUGUCGCGAAGCCAAGCUCCCACCCGUCCAUGCAGAGCGCAGAGCGGCAGGCCAAAACCCCCAGCGAGCGGCAUCCAUCCCCUUCCAGUUCCAUCCAUCCACGCUUGCAUCGCACCGCAGCUCCUCUUGCCAAGCACUAUCUAUCACAGCUCGAGUUUCUAGUCUGAUCUGAUCAGGAGGCCCAGUGUGUGAGCUAGACUGUGAGCUGAAGUGAAGAAAGAUCGAGGCGAGCGAUGAUGGAUCUGGUGAACGGCGUGCUCAACUGGGUGGCGGCGCCCUCCAUGGUGGCCAGCUUCCUGCUCUUCUACCCGCCCUACUACCUCUUCAAGACCUGCUACUCCUUCCUCUCCUACCUCUUCCCCGAGGACCUCAGCCGCAAGGUCGUCCUCAUCACCGGCGCCUCCUCCGGCAUCGGCGAGCAUUUAGCCUACCAGUAUGCUAUGAAGGGGGCAUCCUUGGCCCUUGUUGCAAGAAGGGAAUGGAGCCUCCGGCAGGUUGCCGAUAAAGCACUCGAGCUCGGGGCGCCAGAUGUUCUGAUUCUCCCCGGCGAUGUAUCGAACUCUGAGGACUGCACAAGAUUUGUUCAGGCCACAAUCGAUCGCUACAGCCGAUUGGACCAUCUGGUAUGCAAUGCUGGAAUCGCAAGCGUGGGGGCUUUUCAGGAGAUUCCUGACGUCACUAACUACAGCUCGCAGCUUGAUGUCAACUUCUGGGGUGCAGUUCAGUCAACUUUUGCUGCUCUUCCUCACCUGAAAAGGAGCCGAGGAAGGAUCGUGGUCACCGCCUCGGCGACUGGAUGGAAUCCUGUUCCGCGAAUGAUCUUCUAUAAUGCUGCCAAUGCUGCUCUGAUAAACUUCUUCGAGACACUGCGGACAGAGCUUGGCAGUGAAGUUGGAAUCACGAUCGUGACGCCUGGGUGGAUCGAGUCCGAGAUGUCGAAAGGGAAAUUCCUGAAGGAGCACGGCGGAGUGGAGGUUGAUCAAGAGUUUCGUGAUGCACAAAUUGGUAUGUUCCCAGUGGAGUACGCGAAGAACUGCGCGAAAGCCAUGGUGCAAGCAGCACGGCAAGGCGAGCGUUAUCUCACCGUGCCAGCAUGGUUCAGCACAAUGUACCUGUGGAGGGUGCUGGCGCCGGAGGUCGUUGAGUUCUGCUACCGCCUUUUGUACAUGCACGGCCAUGGCGCCGACCAAACUGACGCUCCGAGCAAGAAGAUGGCAGAGGGCGGCGCAAAGCAGCUGCUGUACCCCUCCUCGCUGCACUCUGCGGACGUCAAGAGCGACUAAACAGUUAACAGUGCUGAUGAUCCUUUAGGUGUGUCCCCAUCUGAAUAAGAUAGCAAGUGCUGGCAGUAGUAGUGCUGUGUUUCAUGUCACCGUAAUAUGGAAACUUUAGUGUCUUCGGAUCGAAUAACGCGUGUUGAGUUUCAUGUGACUGUAUAUAUGGAGUCGUUGGUGUCUUCGAAAUAAUGCUCUGCACUUCUCCUGUUGGGACUUCUGUAUAUCAGCAGCCUCUAGUCUGAGACUUGAGUAUACUGUUUUUAAGGCUUUCCGUUUUAGUUCCUGGGAAUGGUUUGAUGAAGUUUUUGGAA